UGUUUCCGGAGCACUAGUCCAACUUGGUCGAGGAUCACAAGAAGAUCGUUCCAUCAGAGACUCCGACCGCCUGACUCUCAGAUCAAUUGACUGCCUCCGUUUGCACCGCAGAGAUAAUACCAAAGACAACAGCAGAUAUCAUGUCGGACAAACCCCGAGUCAGAGUUGGCUCCAACUGGAAGCGACCCCCUACCAAAGUCUACGACUACAACUAUGACGUUGGACAGCACUAUUACCAGCCAAUGAUCCGGCAUUUGGACAAAAAGAGUGCCGGCGUGUCGUCCGACUCACCGGGACCCAUGUCCUUUGCUGAAAGACUUGCAGAGGAUCCUCUUUACGGAAGAUCAAAACCAGCGAAUUAUGUCUCGUCUGACUACUCACCGGCUAACUCUCGUGGUGGAGCUGGAGAUGGCCCGUCUAGCAGGAGGCCAUCCGCCCCAUCCGCUCCAUCUGGAGAUUCGUACAAAGACUACCUUGCCGACGAUGACGAUUUUCUCGGACGUCACCGGCCACGUAUGAAUUUACCGUCGGUAUCGGAUCAGAUUCUGGAAAGUGCCGGAUGCAUGAAAUCAGGAGACAAAUUCUUUGACGAUGCCUUGGCAGAGAUCAGAAGUAAACGCAGACCACUCCCCUCCGAUGUUCAAGAUCUUACCAACGAUUCUUUCUUUUCAAAAGAUAUGGCCGAUCGCAGUUCCAGCAUUCAAGACUCGCUGACCAAGCGCCGCAACAUGCUGCGAGAUCUUGACAGCGAACUGGAGAAAAUCGACAGCGGACUAGAGAAAUACGCUUCGAGCCGCGCCAGGGCAUCAGCCAUCGACGAUUUGGCUCUGACCUCGUCGAUGAACUCGCAGCUCUCGUCAUCCUCCUCGACAUCAAUGAACGUCAAGAAGCGCAGUGUGAAAACGACCAUGACCACGGAAACGACGCGCUAUUAAUGAAAUGAAAAAAGGACGUCAGCACGAAUCAAAUGUUGGUCCCUUCAUAUGAAAACAUCUUAUUACAACGACGACGGCAGCAUCCACCGUGAAAAGCACAAAUCCCUUCAAGGACAGCGCGCACCACAUGUUUUUGCGUCUCAACGAUUUGCAGUAUUUACCGUACCCUGAUACCACGCUAUGUUUAUAUCCAACUGCUGUAGAUAUUGUAGAACCUAGGAUUGGCAAUCAACCUAUACAUGCAUUUAUAGACUCAUCCACACACAGGCAGAUGUACUUGCAAAUAUAUUAAACACUUUUGUUGCUGCUGCACAUAUGUCUGCUCAUCAGAUCGUAUCACGGACGUGUCACCGGCACAAUGGCGGUUUUUAUUGAAUGUCUGUAGUCUGCUAAAUUUAAUUAAUUCAAGAGUGUGUCGUAUGCGUGUGACUCUCAGAUCCUGCUUGAAUCGUCCAGUGUCGAAGGGGUGCAAUCUUAUUCUGCCCAACUAAGAAUGAUUUCUUAGUUGGGAUUUUUACGAUGAUGCCUCUCUGUCUCUAUCCUGUUCAAUUCACUUCUUUCAGCCAUAAACAAACACCCACACGUCCUCUCAUUGUGUAAAAGCUUUAUGUGUUUUCAAAUAUACAGCCCAAUCAGAAA